AGAAGCAAAACUUGGGCUCUGAGACUCAGAUCUCAGUACAAACUUGUCACCGAAACCAGACGCGAGAAAACGAGCUUAAAGAAUAGCUCUUCCCUAGGACACGAAGUAUUUAAACUGCACCCAUAUAAUCACACAAAAGUCAAUCGACAGAUCUUACACCCACACACAUUUCAGACUUACUAUUGCUCGCCCAGGAUCGCAUUCUUCACUCGACACAAUGUCUGGCGAGGUAGACUAUGGAUUUGGCGACCUCAUGGAUGACCCAGAGGAUUACUGUCCACCUACGCCCCCUCCUACAUCUCAGGUCUUUACCAUGCAAGGCGGCAAGCCGAUAACACUUCACCUUGUUGGCGCCAGCCCUACCGAAGCCCACCAUCUCUGGAACGGUGCCAAGAUGAUCUCCGACUUCUUCGAGGAGGAUCCUUCUCGAGUACGUGAGAAGACGGUUCUGGAGCUUGGUGCCGCGGCUGGUCUGCCCAGUCUUGUCGCUGCUAUUCUUGGUGCGCGCAAGGUCGUGGUGACAGAUUACCCAGACCCAGAUAUCGUCAGAAUCAUGCAGAAGAACAUCGAUGAAUGUGACGAAACGGUUGAGCCUCGUGGCCGAAUCGCCAACACUGUCGACGCUGUGGGCUUCGUCUGGGGCGCUGACCCUAUCCCACUGCUCACUCGCCUGAACCCAACUGAUGACUCUCACGAGGAGCGCUUCGAUGUUCUCAUCCUGGCAGAUCUUCUUUUCCGACACAGCGAGCACGGAAACAUGGUCAAGUCCAUCAAGGAGACCCUCAAGGUUUCCCGUGAGAGCGUGGCCUAUGUCUUCUUCACAUCAUACCGACCGUGGAAGAAGGAGCUUGAUGAGGGAUUCUUUGACAUUGCGCGCGAUCAGGGCUUUGAGGUGGAACAGAUUGCUGAGCGAAGACUCGACAAGCCACUGUUUGAGAACGACCCGGGUGACUUGGAUGUGCAGAAGACUGUCAAGGGAUAUGCUGUGAGGUGGUCUGCCGAGAAGUGCAGUUGAUCAUUACGAAGGCAACGGAUAGAUAGGUAAAAGACGAAACUGGUUGGCAAUCGGUUAAUGAAUG